GACUUCAGCAGCCAAACUUCCCUCACAUGUUCCGGGGAGAUGCUGACCGCGCAGAGGAGAUGGAAUUGGCCCCUCAGCUUCACCGCCUCGUCGGUGAGGAGAGGGCUGUGCAGCAGGCGUCUCUCUCCGUGGGUGCUGCUCCUCCUGCUCGUGCUCGGCGUCGCCGUCCAGACCUUUAUUGCCCAACAGGCCAGGGUUCUCAAGCUGAUGGGACUCCAACAUUCAAGGUCCUCCAAUAAUGAACACAACCUGUUUCCAACGCUGCACAACAUGUCUGCGCACCUCUACUCUGUCUCUUCUACGACAUUAAAGAAGGGCUGGAUGCAGAGGGAAGAACAUGCAAAUCCUCAUCAUCGGAUUGAGGGACAGGGAGAGUCCGGAGACCACCUUCCCCUGAAGAACAUGGAGAAAAACAAUAUCAAACUUCCUUUAAGCUCCAAGACAGGAACAGGAGAGGUUUCACCUGGAAAGCUGUUUCUGCCGGAUGAGCGAGACGAACCGAGACGAGCUCCUCCCAACGCAACAUGCCACCCAAAGUCUCACAUUGUUUUCCUCAAGACACACAAAACAGCAAGCAGCAGCAUCUUAAACAUUUUAUAUCGCUACGGAGAAAGCAGGAACUUAACCUUCGCCCUCCCGCUGAACAAACACAGCCAGCUGUUUUACCCACACUUCUUUUCUGCACAUUUUGUGGAAGGCGUCAGCAGCGGGAGAUUGAGAGACGUCCACAUCCUCUGCAACCACAUGAGAUUUAAAAAGUCUGAGCUGGCCAAAGUGAUGCCUGAGGAUGCAAUUUACUUUUCCAUCCUCAGGCAUCCUGUGGACAUGAUGGAGUCCAUCUUUACGUACUACAGGAGCAUCCCAGCCUUCCGCAAGACUCGCAGCCUGGAUGACUUCUUGGAUAGCUGCCGGGAGAAAUACGAGCCGUCCCUGAGCAACAACCACUACGCUCACAACGUCCUGGCAUUCGACUUCGGCUUUGACAACAACGCGGCAGACGGUGCUGAAGACCUGGCGGAGCGAGCAGCCACGGCUAUCACUGCUAUCCAACGGGAAUUCCACCUCGUCCUUAUCUCUGAUUACUUUGAGGAGUCCAUGGUCCUGCUCAAGCACGCCCUCUGCUGGUCCACGGAAGACAUUGUUUCCUUUAGGCUCAACAGCCGCAGUCACCAAACUCGCCACCGCGUUUCACCCGACACUGCAGAGAAAAUCAAGCGGUGGAACGCUUUGGACUGGAGGAUUUACCAACAUUUCAACACCACUUUCUGGCACAAAGUGGACAAUGUGGUUGGGCGGGAGACAAUGAAGCGUGAAAUUUCACAGCUGAGACAAUUACAGGCCAAACUGGCAAACAUCUGCCUGAAAGGUGGAGGGGCAGUGGACCCGUCCAAAGUAAAAGAGACUGGGUUCAAGCCCUUUCAGUACGGAGCCGCUGUGAUUCAGGGCUACAACCUGAACUCACACCUCGACACACAAACCAGGAGGAAAUGUCAGAGGCUGAUAACUCCUGAACUGCAGUACACCAACCAUCUGUACAGGCAGCAGUUCCCUGAGGAAGCUGCCAGGAUCAGACAGGCGGCUAAAACCGCUGCUCCUAAAGGAAGAGCAUCGUAGCCUCCUCUCAACAUGCUGAUUAUCACGGAAGAGUAUUAGGGCCAUGCAGGAGAAAAAAUAUUUGAGAGGGGAAGAUUUCUUUUUAUUGUGCACUU